GCCUCUUUUGCCUUGAACGAACUCAAGUCCAACAAACUCUUCUCACGUGACCCCACGCAUACCCAAACCCACCACAAUGCCAACCCACGCCGCCGUCGUGACCGUCGGCCUCAAGAAGCCCCUCGAGAUCCGCCAAGUGCCCACCGUCAAGCCGACGGGCGAUGAAGUCCGCGUGCGCGUCGAAUGGACCGCUUCAACGCCGCUGGAUCUGCACCAAAACGACGGCGGGCUGCUCGUCAAGCCUCCCCAGGUCCUUGGCGACGGAACGGCCGGUACGGUUGUGGAGGUCGGUCCGGACGUCAAGAGACUGAAAGUAGGGGAUAAGGUGUUCGGCUUCACGUGGAGGAGCCAGCAGGAGAAGGCGCAUCAGGAGUACUGCACGACGAACGAGUGGCUGUUCGCGAAGCUACCGGAGGGAUUCACCUUGCCCGAGGCAGUCACGCUUCCCGACAACUUCGUCACCGUCUUCCACACCCUUACCACGGACCUAGGCAUCGAGACGCCGUGGCCUAAGCCCGAAAAUUACGUGCCGAAGGGCGCGAGCGCGCCUAUUCUCAUCUGGGGCGGCUCUUCGUCGGUCGGCCAGUAUGCCAUACAGAUCCUGCGGUACUACGGAUAUACCAACAUCCUCGCGACGGCGUCGAAGAGACACCAUGCGAAGCUGCAGUCGCUCGGGGCGAAGUGCACGUUCGACUACAAUGAUCCUAAUGCGGUGUCUUCGAUCCUCGAUGUCGGAACCUCGCUGUCUGCGGAUGAUGGUAAGGCUGGCAUUCCACUGAUUUUCGACUGCAUCGGCAGCCAGGAAGGGAGCAUCAAGCCGAUUUCGAAGCUUGCGAAGCCCGGCGCCAGGGUCGCUGUCUUGCUGCCCGUGAUAGUCAGGGACUCGAGCGAGACGCAGGAUCCGGUUUAUGAGAUGGAUGUGAGGAAAGCGGCGGAUUGGGAGGAGGGUGUUGAUGCGAGAGGAGUUAGGACGCAUAAUUACCUGGACAACGAAUUCUUCAAGUACCAUCUCCAGCCAGAUAUUAUGCAUGCGAUGCUGAAGGAGGGGAUUGUUGAGCCGAAUGCUCAGAGGAUUGUUGAGGGGAGGACGUUGCUGGAGAGGGCGCAGGCGGCGAUGAAUGGGUUGAGGAGGAAGGAGGCUAGCGGUGAGCGGUUGGUCUGGAGGGUUUCUGACGCAUAGCGGCAUUAAAGAUUGAGAUCGCUCUGCCGCGCAUAUUUCGUUUCAUUCAUUGAUGUUCGGUGGAUUGUGUUGUCGGUCCGCAAGUUGAUGGAGUGAGGGGUGAGGUGGGAAAAGCCAUUAGUCCCAAAGUAGCCUAGUUUGGUCAGCACAAAAUUGAACCACGACCUCCGUCUCC